AUAUUUCUAUCCCUCGUCGUUCAAUCAUUAGGGUUUAGAGUUUUGCAACAUGUGGGAAGAGAUGGCGUUGCAUCGUAUCUUACCAAGAUUGCCUUCCAAAUCUCUAAUACGAUUCAAAUGUGUUCGUAAAUCGUGGUAUAAUUUGAUCGACAGUCCCACGUUCGUGGAAAAUCACCUCUCCAUUUCAAUGCACAAGAUACACUCCACUUGCGUCCUUUUCAAUCGUUUUAUCUACAGCGAUGCUAACACGGGUGAGAAGGAACUUGCAUUCUCCUUCCUUUAUCUCCGCAAUGAUUACGAUGAUGAUGCUGAAAAUAACGUCAAUUUUGUUGUUGAGGACAUCAAAUUUCCACUUUCUUCAAGACAAUAUAUUGGGCUCGGGGUUAUAGAAUCGCUAUGUAUGGCAGGCCAUUGUCAUGGGAUAGUUUGUCUAAGUGAGUCUAAUAGCAACCUUGUUUUAUGCAAUCCAGGAAUCAAGAAAAUCAAACUUCUACCCAAAUCAUGCCUUCCAGAUUGGUGGGGAUGUGCUGUGGGCUUUGGAUAUGAUCCCAAAUCUAAAGAUUACAAAGUUAGUAGAAUUGCAUCUUAUCAGGCGGACAUUUACGGUGAUGGUCUUAUUCCUCCUCCUAGAGUUGAAAUAUACACCGUCAGUACUGAUUCUUGGCGAGAGAUUAAGAAUAAUUCUUUAGAAACAGAAGCUACUUUCUUUUGUCCUGAUUAUUUUCAGAUGUACUUCCAGGGAAUUUGUUACUGGGUGGGGUUUGAGCAACCAAAACAAUCUGUGGAAUAUGAGGAUGAGGAACAAAAGCCAAUGGUCUUUUUAUUUUAUACGGGUGAUGAAAUAUUUCAUAAUAUAUUACUUCCUGAUAGUUUUUAUACAUAUGAGGACGGAUCGUCUUAUGCUUAUGAAAUGUCUUAUAUUAUGUAUACUGACCUGCGAAUUAUACUGUGGAAUGGAGUGAUUGCUCUUUUUGGCUUUAAUCGUUUCAGUGCAUUUCCUGACUCCUACGGAGUUUGGGUGUUGGAUGACGGUGCUAAGGGUUCUUGGACACAACACUUAACUUUUGAGCCCUUGGUGGGCAUUAAGAGGGUGUUGGAAUUUUGGAAGAGUGACGAGAUUCUGAUGGUUACCGAAGAUGGAGAUAUAGUAUCUUACAACCUUGCAACUGAGAAGCUUAAAAAUCUUCCCAGGAAUAGCUCAUCUGAUUUCGAAACUAUUGUGUAUGUGAAUAGCUUAGUUUCGAUCACAGGGAGGCAACAAGCUUGAGACUGUUGAUACAUAAUUCCAGCAAUAUAAUUUCUCUCUCUUUUU